GUAAGUUCCAUUUUUUGGUUCUAAAAAUAUUUCUAUCACUACCCCAAAAACAUUUUAUCUAAAAACCCUAAUCUCCAUUCAAAUUUUUUCAUUCAUUUUUCUUCAAACUACCUGCAUUUGCUUUGCAUUUGACGCCAAAAAUGACAAUGAUGAGCAAUGAAGAAGAGAAAAGGUGUCCUCUUUGUGCUGAAGAAAUGGACUGGACCGACCAGCAAUUUAAGCCUUGCAAAUGCGGUUAUCAGGUGUGUGUUUGGUGUUGGCAUCACAUAAUGGACAUAGCAGAGAAAGAUGUGUCAGAGGGACGAUGUCCUGCAUGUCGAACUAAAUAUGAAAUGGAUAAAGUUGUGGCAAUGCAAGCAAAUUUUGAAAGGGCAGGGAACACAAAUGUGAACCGGAAAAGUAAACCACCAAAGGCAAAGACAAAAGCUAAUGAAGUCAGGAAGGAUCUUACAAAUGUUCGGGUCAUUCAACGUAAAAUGGCAUAUGUGACUGGGCUGCCUCUUGGUAUUGCGGAUGAAGAUCUGUUACAACGGAAAGAAUAUUUUGGGCAAUAUGGGAAAAUUUCUAAAGUUUCUCUAUCUAGGACUGCCGGUGGUUCAAUCCAGCUGUUUACCAAUGAUACUUUUAGUGUAUAUAUUACAUAUUCUAAAGAGGAAGAGGCCAUACAGUGUAUUCAAUCUGUACAUGGUUUUGUCCUGGAAGGAAUGUAUUUGAGAGCAUCGUUUGGGACUGCAAAAUAUUGUCAUGCUUGGUUGAGAAACACGGUACAGUACAUGCCUUGCAAUAAUCUUUCCUGUCUAUAUUUGCAUAGCCUUGGUGCCGAUGAAGAUAGUUUUGGUAAAGAUGAGGUAGCUGCAAUUCAUACAAGGAGCAGAGUUCAACAAAUUGUUGGUGCGUCUAGUAGUGCAAUGAAGCGCUCAGGAAAUAUCUUGCCACCUCCAAUUAAUGAAUUAUCCUGUACUAGCUUUACUUCUACUGAGAGUUCUACCACUCAAAGUGCAGGUGCAGCCAGUGAUAUAGUGAAUCACAAUAGCUAUAUGGCUCGUGUCAUCCCUUGUAGUGAUAAGGAUGAAAAUGCUGGUGACCCCAACAGAAUGUCAGCUUUUGUAGAUGUUGGACUGUGUAAUAAUUCUGGUGCAGAGAAAGUUAGAAAUUGCAGUGAGGACAGUGGAACUUUGGAUUUGUGUUCUAGUUUAUCUCCCGAAACAAUUAACAAAGAUAAUCUUGCUCAAGAGCCAUAUUCUGAUACAUUGCUUUUUGAAGUUCCAUCUUCUAACCACCUUGUCAAUCAUUUGCCAAGGGAUCAAAAUUCAAUAGAAAUUUCAGAUGAGCCAUUCAGGGAAGACUCUAUAUCUAUUGACAGUCAACGAUUGAAGGAUUUAAAUAGUAUUAACCAAAGGGCGUUCCUUAUGUCCUCUCAUUCUGCUAAAUGCACAGGGGAUUCUGGUGGCCAUUCGCUAAUGCACAGGAGGACAUGUAGUCUGAGUAAUAAUGGCACAGAGCAUAGAUCCUUACAUAAUGAAGUGGAAGAAGCUUCUCCUCCACUUUCAUUUGUAAAUUCGACAAUGAUUGAUGGAUUACAUGAUUUGGAAUUUCAAAGUUCUGUCAAAUCUGAUACAAUUUAUAGAGGUUCUAGCUCAUUCUCCAAUGAAGAAAUAGUAGAGCACCUGCGAAGGACUAGAAAUGAUUGUUUGAAUAAUUAUGAUGAAAGUUCUGCAUUCGGUCCUGCGAAGAACAGUAUGAAUUCGAACAUUUUAGCUAUGAACCUUGGUUCACGUGACGAUUCCUUGACCUUGCGUCACAGUUUAAUUGGCUUGUGUAAUGAACCUAAUGGGCAGCAUGAUUCCUGGAAAUUCUUACACAGUGGUCAAGGAUUCUCAUUUAUGAAGCAAGAUGGAUCUUCAGGUCAAAGGGCUGAUUUGAAUUCUUCGUCUAGUAAUAUCAGUCUGAUAUCUAAACAGGCAUCCAUCCUUCAUGACUUCAGAGAAAAGAAAGAGCAGCAUAUGCUUGAUUCUCAGUAUCAGAUCUCAAGACCAAAAGGUAUGGCACCACCUGGUUUCUCAAUAUCCUCUAGGGAGCUGCCUCCUGGUUUUCCGUUGUCUGAUGAAAUUGGUGGAUUCCCCCGUACACUCUCUGGAAGUCAAUUAGUAAAUAGUUCAUCAAGUUUGAUUCACUACCCGUCAUCAAUGAGAAGCUUUAGCAGUGCAGGUGACUCUGAUUUUAUUGACCCUGCCAUAUUAAGCUCUGGUAAAGGCAAAACAACAAAUGGUUUCAGUAUCUCAGGUCUGGAAAUUGGGUCACAGGGUAGAGCUUUGGAGGCUGAGGCAAGACUCUGGCUUUUGAUGCAACGAAAACAUGCUGAUCAAGAUGGGAAAUUGUCUCAUGUUCAUGCUUCACAAACUCCAUCUGCAUAUCAGGACCAGAGGUUUAAUGGUGAAGAUGAGCAUACUGGCACGAAGAAGUUUGGACCAAGGCUGGUGGAUCAAGGCCAAAACUUUGACCAAUCUUUGUACACACAUUUUCCCCUGCAGAAGUUUGGUAAUGGUCCCAUUUCCAACGGCUUUCAGCAUGACCUGUUGGGAAAUUUCCAAUGUAGAAAUGAGGUGGAUGGUAUGGCAGAACUCCAGAGAAAUGAGAGGUUAGGUUUCAACAAAUACUAUAAUGGGUAUGGAAAUCAAACAGUCCAGGGGUCCGGGUCAGGCGAUGUAUUUGCCAGGGUUUUUGGGAUGUAAAUUAUCUCUUCUCUGAAAAAUGAAAUUGUCCUACUCUAUCUAUUGCUAUGUAGUGUGGGGAAAUUAUAAAUAUGUUAAUACUUAACAUUGUUGUUGGCUGUUA